AUGCUAUUCACAGACGCCCCCGACUGUCCAUUGGGCUCCUUGGCAGCACUGGUGGACUCCCCAGACCUGCCAGACCCAUCCCUAGCACAGGCCGCCGCAGACUUCCUGUCACACAACCCCAAUUCCUCGCCGCCCCCAGAGGCGCCGGCCGUGUGGCUGCUGCAAGGCGAGGCCGCCCUCGUCGCCUGCAGCGGCGCCGGCGCCGCCGCGGGGGGCGCGGCGGCGCCGGAGUGGGUGGGCAGCACCGAUGCGACGACGUGCGUGGUGGUCGCAGCCAGGUGCCCCGAAACGGGGCUGGUCUGGUGCUGCCACCUCGACGCGACGCCGGGGCCUGCGGCUGCAGAGGAGAUCAGGGCGCUGCUGUGCGAACGGAUGAGGGCGCCCCAGAUAUACUUGGUAAGUGAUCUGGGGGCCCCCGGCGCGGGUGACAUGGGCUCCAGCUUUCGGCCGCAG